AUGGAGUGGGGCAACAGCUCCCUGUACGCUGACUUUGUCCUCCUGGGGUUGUUCAGUGGCAGCCACUUCCCCUGGCUGCUCUUUUCCCUCAUUCUCCUGGUCUUCGUGAUCUCCAUCGCCAGCAACACCACCAUGAUCCUGCUCAUCCGCGCGGACCCCCGGCUGCACACCCCCAUGUACUUCCUGCUCAGCCAGCUCUCCCUCAUGGACAUCCUGUAYAUCUCCACCAUCGUGCCCAAGAUGCUGCUGGACCAGGCCACCAGCCAGAGGGCCAUCUCCUUUGCAGGGUGCACUGCCCAGCACUUCCUCUACCUGACCUUGGCAGGGGCAGAGUUCUUCCUCCUAGGACUCAUGUCCUACGACCRCUAUGUGGCCAUCUGCCACCCUCUGCGCUACCCUGUGCUGAUGAGCCGCAAGGUCUGCCUGCUGAUCGUGGUGGCCGCCUGGCUGGGAGGGUCUGCAGACGGUUUCCUGCUCACCCCAGUCACCAUGCAGUUCCCCUUCUGUGCCUCUCGGGCAAUCAACCACUUUUUCUGCGAGGUCCCCGCCCUUCUGAAGCUCUCCUGCAGGGACACCUCAGUGAAGCUGGACCAGAUCACUGACUCAUGUCCUAAGAGGAAGGAUGAUGGCUGA